GGAUGUUGACAUUAGCUAAUUGUCAACUGACAAUUGACAUUUUCAGGUUUUCUUUUCGAGGAAGAAAAUAAAAAUGGCUGGUGCGCUGGCGAGAAUUAUUCAGGGGACGAAAAAUAAUUUAGGUAUAAUCGGACCUUUGGCAACGAUCAACAAUGGAUCAGUACGAUUUCAACAGACAGAAAGCACUAAAACAAAGUUUGGGCCACUGGCUGACAGUGACAGGAUUUUCACCAAUUUAUAUGGCCGUCAUGAUUGGCGACUUAAAGGAGCCCUGCGACGCGGGGACUGGUAUAUGACUAAGGAGAUCAUGCUCAAGGGCGUAGACUGGAUUGUCAAUGAACUCAAGACAUCUGGACUCCGUGGUCGUGGAGGCGCUGGUUUUCCAACUGGUAUGAAAUGGUCCUUCAUGAACAAGCCUUCCGAUGGUCGACCUAAGUAUCUUGUAGUGAAUGCUGAUGAAGGAGAACCAGGCACCUGCAAAGAUAGAGAAAUUAUGCGCCAUGAUCCCCACAAGCUGGUUGAGGGAUGCCUGAUAGCUGGUAGAGCUAUGGGAGCUCAAGCAGCUUACAUUUACAUUAGAGGAGAGUUUUACAAUGAAGCUAGUAAUCUACAAGUGGCUAUUGCCGAGGCAUACCAGGCUGGUUUGAUCGGUAAGAACGCUUGCGGGUCCGGCUACGACUUCGACGUGUUCGUACACCGCGGCGCCGGAGCGUACAUCUGCGGAGAGGAGACGGCACUUAUCGAGUCCAUCGAGGGCAAGCAGGGGAAGCCGCGACUCAAGCCACCGUUCCCCGCUGACGUUGGUCUCUUCGGAUGUCCCACCACCGUCAACAACGUCGAGACCAUCGCAGUCGCACCUAGCAUCUGUCGUCGGGGUGGCAAGUGGUUCGCGUCGUUCGGCCGCCCGCGUAACAGUGGCACCAAGUUAUUCAACAUCUCUGGUCACGUGAAUACACCCUGCACCGUGGAGGAGGAGAUGAGUAUCCCUCUCAAAGAGCUCAUCGAGCGACACGCCGGCGGGGUGACAGGUGGAUGGGACAACUUGCUGGCCAUCAUACCCGGAGGAUCGUCGACACCGCUCAUACCGAAGGAUGUUUGUGAAACAGUCUUAAUGGACUUUGACGGUCUCGUGGCCGCUCAAACUUCCCUGGGUACGGCAGCUAUCAUUGUGAUGGACAAGUCGACUGACAUAGUGAAGGCCAUCGCACGUCUCAUCAUGUUCUACAAGCACGAGUCGUGUGGUCAGUGCACCCCCUGCAGAGAGGGUGUAUCCUGGAUGAAUAAAAUGAUAUAUAGAUUCGUCGAUGGUAACGCGUCUCCAAAGGAGAUUGAUAUGUUGUGGGAGAUCUCCAAACAAAUUGAAGGACACACGAUCUGCGCGCUGGGCGACGGCGCGGCGUGGCCGGUGCAGGGCCUCAUCCGACACUUCCGGCCCGAGCUGGAGCGCCGCAUGCAGGCCUACGCGCAGCAGCACGGGCCCAGCCGCGCCGAGCGCCUCUACUAGCCAGUGUAUGUCGUCACGACACCCGGUCGGCCUCCGGAAUGUCUAUACGUCGACUCUGUGUUUCGUGUCCACGCUAUCGAAAUGAUUUUGCGUCGAUCUAUAUAUUAUUUUGAGGCCACCUGUACCUCAUUUAUUUAAUAAAACGAUGAAUUAUUGAAACUAGUAAAAGUAUAGAAGCGAACAUGAGGUUAACUUUUUUUUAAUUGACAAUUUUUUUUAAAUUAACGUAUGAAAAUGAGCCGACAGUUUGUAUGAAUGAGAUUCGUCCUGAAUGCGGGCUAGUUUCACGACCAAUACAAAAGAACUUGUUAAUUUUACUCUUAACUUAAACUGCACGAUCGUGAAAUUAGCUGUCAUUCCAAUGAUACCUCGUUUAUUUAAAACUUGAGAUUAUCUCAAUACAAUUUCAAUAAAAUAAUUUAAAAAAAGCAUUGAUGUUUGCGAAUCUGUGAUUUUGAUAUCGAAAUUAAUAUUUUGGUUCCAAAUUUAAACUAAUAUGCGUCACUAUUCGAAGCCGGCAAAAUCAUGAUAUCACUCAAUUAUAUAUAAAUAUCCAAGAAUCUUACAUGUUAAAGUGACAGUCGGCUAUCGGUUGACUGACUAUCACAGAUUAUGUUGUGAUAUUGUAAUAACAAUGUAUAUUGUGUCCAAGUAAGCUGUCAGUAGUGUAAAUAAUUUAAUAAAGUUACAGAUCAUUU